AUGGAGGGCAGCUUUUUCCGCACUCGCGCACUUUUUUGGUCAUUUUGGGCUAAUUUUAUAUUUAUAAUUGGUAUGAUUGGCUAUUUAUUGAUGGACGGACUUGAUUACAUGCGUCCAAAUCUAAUCAACUCAACAUUAACAUUUGCUAUUUAUGUUAUUCUUGCAGCUAUCUUUGUUUUCAAUGCUUUCUUUCAAAUGCUUUCACUUUAUCAUGUUCAUAGUAGUACUCAUCGAUAUUACAUCAUGGUUUUAUCGUGUGUCUUUGAUAAGAUCGGCAGUGAUGCUUAUUUUCUUGGUGCGUUAUUGGCGGCAACUGCUUUUACAGAUUCGAAAACGGUGUGGACAUGUAACACAGUUGGUGUCGGUGCAUUUGUCAUUGGAGCUGUAGUUAACAUGAUGGUUCGUGGAAGCAGUAUGUUCUAUUCGUUGGCAAAUAUUCUGAAUUUGUUGGGUUCUUUAUUAUAUCUCUUGGCUGCAUUUCUCACACUUGUGCCCGUUACACAAAUUAUCGUUAUCGUUGGUGAUAUUGUUUAUUUGAUUGAUGCAUUUUUGUAUAUGACCUGUUGGUUCUCUGAUCGUCAGUCAGCUUUGCCACAAGGUGAAGAAACGCGAUUAGUUGUCAAAUGA